AUGGCUCCACCAACAGUAUUGCCGCCUUGGUAUGAUGUUAAUGUCCGGUGUGAUUUUCAUUCUGGAGCACCAGGACAUCAUAUUGAGAAGUGUCGGGCUUUUCAGCACAAAGUCCAGGAUUUGAUCGAUUCCAAGGCGAUCAAUUUCUCCCCUGUGCCUAACGUUGUUAACAAUCCUAUGCCGGCGCAUGGUGCUCACCGGGUAAACUAUGUUGAGAGUGAAGCUGAAGAUCUGGUUGUCCGGGUUGAUGAAAUUCAGACUUCGUUGCUGGUUGUCAAGAGCCGUCUGUUGAAUAGUGGUGUUCAUCCGGGCUGUGAUGAAGACUGUGUGGGCUGUGUAGAGUCAGACAAUGGUUGUGAACUGUUAAGGGCUGGUAUUCAGAGUCUGAUUGAUGAGGGCUGUGUCCAGUUUGGUAGGGCUGACAACAAAAAUCGUGGGGUAGUGUAUACUGUCACGAUAUUCUUUAAACCGUCUGAGGGACGUACGCCUACAACAAGUGGUAAUCCAGUUACCAUUUCUGCACCAGUUUCUGCCAGUACUCCGACAACAAUCGUUGCUCCGGUAAGAAGGGCUGAGAACACAACUAUUAUUGAGAACGGUAAAAAGGUCGAGACUAAAACCUUAGCCUUAGUUACCAAUAUCGCAGCAAAUAGCCGAAUGACGCGCAGUGGCCGCGUGUUCGCUCCGCCGGUUAUCCCAAGUAGAAAUGUUGAGAAAGAUCCAGUAGUCGUGGUACCAGUGACAAGAGAAGCAGAAGGGCAAACAAGCAAUUCAACCCUUGACAAAGAAACAGAUGAACUACUCAGAAUUAUCAAGCUCAGUGACUACAAAGUGGUAGAUCAGUUGCUACAGACACCGUCAAAAAUCUCGAUCCUGUCCUUAUUAUUGAACUCAUCUGUCCACAGAGAAGCACUACUGAAGGUGCUUGAUCAAGCCUUUGUAGAACAGGAUAUAACAGCAGAGCAGUUCAACAAUGUUGUAGGCAGCAUCACUUCGUGCAAUGGCUUAGGCUUUUGUGAUGAAGAACUGCCAGAAGAAGGAAAGAAUCACAACUUCGCUCUCCAUAUCUCAGCCAAUUGUCAAGGGGAUUCUUUGUCUAAUAUCCUAAUUGACACCGGUUCAUCUUUGAAUGUCAUGCCCAAGUCUACCUUGUUGAAGCUAAAGUAUAAAGGGGGGCAAAUGCGGCACAGUGGAAUUAUUGUGAAAGCGUUCGAUGGAUCAAGAAAAACAGUCAUUGGAGAAGUUGAUUUGCCUAUUGGUAUUGGACCACAUGUAUUCCAGAUCACUUUCCAGGUUAUGGACAUAGUGCCAGCUUAUAGCUGUCUGCUCGGACGCCCAUGGAUUCAUGAGGCGGGUGCCAUUACAUCCACGUUACACCAAAAGUUAAAGUUUGUCAAGAAUGGGCAAAUAGUGACGGUUAAUGGGGAGCAGGUUAUGCUGAUUAGCCACCUUUCAUCGUUUAGUGUGAUAGAAGUAGACGAGACGGCUGUUCAAACUCCAUUUCAGGCCCUGACCAUCGAUGAUUACAAGAAAAGUGAAGGUUCAAUCGCGUCAUUCAAAGACGCCCAGCAGAUUGUCAAGACAGGUCCUACAGAAAUGUGGGGCAAGGUGAUAGAGUUGCCAGAAAACGUUAACCAUGCAGGAUUAGGCUUUGUUGAUGGAAAACAAGUGCAGACUUCAGUGGUGCGACCUUUCAAAGAUAUCUUUCACAGCGGUGGGUUUAUCAACAUGGUAGCAGUUGAAGAGGAUACUUUUGAGAAAAAGACAGAAGACGAAGGCCCCAGAUUUGUGACACCAGGAAUUGCUACAAAUUUGUAA